UCUACUCCCUUCAUCAACUCACUCCAAAUUACAAUACCUUUCAUCAACAUAAUAAUAAUAAUGGAACCUUUCAAUUGGUCUGCUUCAACUUCCUCUGACUCAUCAUCUUCAAACUCUUCUCAUUCGGGUCAGAAACCCGAAAAAUCAAACCAAAUUAAGGGUCCAUGGACUAGUGAAGAAGAUAAGAUCCUAACACGAUUUGUUGAUCGUUACGGACCACGUAAUUGGUCCCUUAUUAGUAAAUACAUCAAGGGUCGAUCAGGUAAAUCUUGUAGGCUAAGAUGGUGUAACCAGCUUAGCCCAAAUGUCAAACACCGCCCGUUUUCCCAAGAAGAGGAUGAAACUAUUUUGGUGGCCCAUUCCCAGUUUGGGAACAGAUGGGCCACCAUUGCCCGGCUUCUCCCAGGCCGGACAGAUAAUGCAGUUAAGAACCAUUGGAAUUCUACAUUGAAAAGACGAAAUCAAUUUCAAACCGUCGCCCUGCUAGACCAGGAGGUACUGGCUCACAAUGCUAACGAUACUAGCAAUGCUACUACAUUGGAAGGAUCUCCAAAGAAUAAUGUGGAAGCCAUCGAGGCGGAUGAUCAAUAUGACCCGAUGACUACAUUGACAUUAGGACUCCCAGGGAUCGGCGGAUGUGAGUCGUCCUCGGAGAAUAGAACGGAGAGUAGUACUUUGCCGGUUGGGUUUUGGGAUGUAAUGAGAAAUGUCAUUGCGAGGGAAGUUAGGGAAUAUGUUACCACGUCGUUUCCCGAGAGUAGUACUUCUGCGUUUCAUUGACAAGUUAUUUGUCUUUUUUUAAUUAUAUCCUUUUUCUUUUGUAAAUGUUUGAUGAUCUAUUAAACUAUAGUUUGGUAA